CCCAACUGGAACUAUGAAGAAAAAAUAUUAACUUUGAAAGCUGAGUGAUAAAGGCUGAAGAUGUAACUGCAAUCUCUCUCUCUCUCUCUCUCUCUCAUUAUAUCAGGCAGAUGGAUCUUUGGGUCUGGUGUUAGAAAUCAAGCCUAAUAAAAACACCCUUCUGCUAUUUCCAAAGCAGUUGCAGUGCGGCAGAAAUACUGCAGUGCCUCAGGCUUCUGCACUACCUUUAAACAAAACUUUGCAGGCUUUUUCUGUCAGAACCUCUGCCAAAAGCCUUAAAAAAACAAUCUCCACACCCAACAAACCCAACAUAUUAAUCUCACCCAGUAAACCACUAAAUCACCACAACAGAAAAACAGACCAAGCUUGAACCCCACCCCAUCUCUCUCUCUCUCUCUCUGUCUUUCUCUCUCUAGAUGGACUUCCACCUUGAGCAAUGGAGAACCCAGCAGCAUGAGUCAGAGGAACAACAUUCUGCAAAGAUACCAAAACUUGACCUUGAUCCGCUUCAAAACGCAGAGCUUCCAUCUGCUGCUGGGUAUGCUCUCCCUCUGUUUGUUCCUGAACCCAACACCAAAAUCCUGUCAGCAGCAUUUUCUGAAUCCUCACCUGCCACUUCCAGAUUUCCCAAAAUGGGAAGCUAUUUCAGCUUGUCACAGUGGCAGGAGCUGGAGCUGCAGGCUUUGAUAUUCAGGUACAUGGUGGCCGGUGCGGCUGUUCCUCCGGAGCUUCUUCAGCCAAUCAAGAAAAGCCUCCUCCAUUCUGCUCCUUAUUUCCUCCACCACCCUCUCCAACAGUUCCCUCACUUUCAACCUGCUCUGUUGCAAUCAGGUUAUUGGGGAAGAGCUGCCAUGGAUCCGGAGCCAACGAGGUGCAGGAGGACAGAUGGGAAGAAAUGGCGGUGCUCGAGAGAUGUGGUGGCGGGUCAGAAGUACUGUGAACGCCAUGUGCACCGUGGCAGAAACCGUUCAAGAAAGCCUGUGGAAGUUGCCACCACAACCACCGCCGCCACCACCACCGCUGGUGGCGGAGGGAGUGGCACUAGUCUUAAUAAUGUUACCACCAUCACCAAUACAUCGGCUAGCGGGACCCAUUUUGCUCUUUCUGGGUCUUCAUCGUCCCCAUCGAUUGAUCUUCUUCAUCUCAACCAAAGUUCUUCAGAGGCCAAACCUGAGAACAGGAGCCUCUUUGAGCCCCGCGGUGAGGUCUCGGCGAGUGCAAAAUCCGACAGCCAUGUGUUGAGGCCCUUUUUUGAUGACUGGCCAGGGAAGCUUCAAGAACUCGACAAUGCAAGAAGCAAUGCUAGCUCAAUGAACUCGGCCACCAGCCUCUCCAUUUCGAUACGUGGAACUACCUCAUCGGAUGUGUCGUUGAAAUUGUCCACUGGCAAUGGGGUCGAGCCAGGCCACCAGGACAGCCAUGCCGAGCGUGGGCAGCCACAGUUGAAUUGGCCAGCCGGGUGGGCAACAAACCAAAUGGCUUCCAUGGGAGGACCACUUGCAGAGGCCCUGCGGUCCUCUUCCAACUCCAAUUCGUCGCCAACCAGCGUCUUACAUCGGUUGCCCCGCGGCCCUGCCUCCGAAGCUAGCUUCAUCAGCACUUGAAUUAUCAUCCGUAUCGGACAGUUCCGGCAAGCUUCUUAUAGUUGCUUGUGUAAAUCGCUCUCGUUAUUUUACUUUAGUGGACGAGUUCUGUGCAUGUUUUAACCAAAACAAAUUUAUCACUCA